CCAAAGCAGCACAAACAUUGACUACCAGAAGUUUGGAGCUGCACCCUAUUUUCAGAGACAAAACUACCAUUCGUCACUCAGAUAUGUUGACAGCACCAGACUCCCGGGGAACGACAGGAGAAAGGAGCCACAAUCAAAUAAAUCAAGACCCAUUCAACGCUGAAUUUACCAAGACACUGACAAAAAGCAGCCCACACUUUGGGGCCUUGAGUCACCACUCAUUCUUCUCCCAGCACAACCCUCAUCCACACCGGGUGACACAUAUUCAAGGACUCAAUGGCAGGCCAAUUUGCAUGGUACGAGAUGACUGGUGUGUCACCUCAUCAUUAUUUCCUCAUCCACUUCUCAAGAGCCACGUCCUCAGGAAAUCACCCGGGCCCACUUUUACCUUCCCACUCACUCAAAACCUCCAUGCAGUCAGCGGAAACAAUAACAAAUCAGCACUGUUUUCAGAAGCCUGGAGGGAUGAACUUAAAGAACUUGUUGCAAAAGUCAAUCUGUCUUUUCGAGCACAAUUGGGAAAAAAUGAGGACCAACCUGAGGAUGAAUUUGUGCGCCAAAAGACUCAGUAUUCAGCUGAUACUGGGAGAAUCAUCCCUCCAUCCAGCAAGUCUUACCUGCACAGAUCUCAUUCCCAGCACCUAAAGUAUCCUCAACCCUUCCAGGAUCAAGAACUCACGGUUUUGGAGCUGCUCUGUCAGAUCCUGCAGAUAGACUCACUGUCCACAGUGCAGCAGUGGCUUCUGGGUUAGGGUUAGGGUUAUAAAUACCACCAACUCUCACUUACAUUUGGAGUCUCCAGACUAAUGCUUUCUAUUGCAGGAGCCUUUCAAAGUCUGCUUCCACCCACAAAUGGUAUAAUAUAUGACACAUUACAAGCCAAUGGCAGUGAAUUUAUAUCAACUAGGCAUUUCUCAGAUGGUUGGCAAAUGGUCAGAAUGAGUUUGCUGCUCAGAUCUUGCCCUACUUUACAUUUAAAAAAAAGACAUUUCUGUACACUGGCUUUGGGUUUUACAUGCUAAAUAUUUUUCUAAUAUCAAUUCUUUAAUGAAUACUGCAAUUUAAUUCCUUUUUAAGUUUCUAUCGGCAUAUAGCUUACUAAAGGUUAUUCAUCAGAUGUUUUGCAAACUGGUGCGGUUAAGGUUUUGCAUUAUACAGUCAAAAAAGAAUCAGAAUUUUUACUGUGUCACCUGCCGACUGCUGUAGAGAAUCUGAUGUUCACCCCAGUUAUGACAGACAAGUUAAUAAAACUAUGGACAAAUACCCAUAAUUACACUCUAAAUGCCCUAUACAUAUCAAUUCUUAAUGUUUAGUCAGUUUCAUUAAAUUAUUUGAACAUUUUAUGAGUUCAAAAAUAUAAAAACAGCAUAAAUUAUAAAAUUAGGGUUCAAAGAAGUAUCACCUGCAGCUUUGUUAUAAAUUUGUAGUUUCCAGACUGAUUUAUACAGUCUGACACUAUGCACUUUUCCCACACACUCAUGAUUUAUCAAAUGGCACAUUAAACGUUAGUGACAAUUAAUUUAUAUCAAUAGAGGGGUUUGUAGGCCCACAGCAUACAUAUUUUUGGCAGUUAUUUGGUCACGUUGAAAAUGCAAAAUGGAUAAAAAUCUGUUUUGUGGCUCAAAUUUUACACUAAUGCUCAUUACUGUACCCUGUUCUUCGGUCUAACAUGCUUAAUAGCCUUCUGUUGUCAAUUUAUUGAAUAGAUUUCCUAUUUAAUGUUUUCUCUUCUCUACUUAUUAUAUUGCCACAUACGCUUCUAUAUGUUAUUCAUGGCUCUUCAUUCAGUGUCUUGCAUCACUUGUGGCCAUGUGCCUGAAUUAUACCAUAAAGAAAAUAAUCAGACUGUUUUAUUUUUUACUUUGCCUCCUGCAGGCCACUGAUAGUUAAUAAUAAUAGUAAAUGAUAAUAAAUAAUAGUUAAUAAUUUACAAAAGCAUCUAGAAAUACCCAUAACUCCAUUGUAAAUGUCCUCUGCAGAUGGCUGCAAUCCAAACUGAAAUACUCAUUCUUAGAUAUUGUUAAAAAUAGAGUCUUAUCAAUACAUAUCUCUCUCAAAGUAUGAAAAUUGAGUAGUUGGUAGGUCAUAUCAACCACAGCCCAGAGGCAAUGCUCUUAAAUCCAGCAAAAGAGGGACAUCUACUUUCUGCACAGCGCUGAUUAUUCACUACAGGGCAUUUAACAUGCGACUGAUUGUGUGCAAUACUUUUUUAGGUAAUGACUGAUCUUAUUGAUGACAGACAUCUCAGAAACUUGUCAAUCAGAUGUGGUACCAGUGGCAUUAUAGCUCAUAGUAAUGGAUCUCUCUUAUUAUAAUUCUUUGGCUUUUAAUUCACUUGGUGAGCCACGGCCGUAUAAUAUUGCCUUGAAUCGAUUAAAAAAAGCUGUGCACACUUUCUUCUUCUUCUUUUUGGUGCAGUGUGCAAAUUCUCAUCUCAGCUGACUAUGGACCAUUGUUGCUGUGCUCUGUCAGGCUGAUUAAAUACCACUCAGAAAUGGUCAUGAUUUCCUUAUGGCACUAAAGUUUCGAACGCAACGACGAAUUCUAUCACUAGCUUAUAGAAAAGGGCUGUUUUUUUUCCCAUAAAUCCUAGAAAAAUUUUCUGACUUCCAGACAGGCGAGGGGUGACAAUGUGCAAGACAAGUGAUUGCUAAAGUAUUGCAAAACAUCCUCAGGCAGACAUAAAUACCUGCACAUAAUUUCAUGGCAGUCCAAUAGUGGUUGAGAUAUUUCACCGAAAGCAAGUCAGAGGUAAAGCAAAACCUUUCGGAAAAAAAGUCUGGACUUCAGAGCGUCUGUGCAAGAUAUUUUUCUGAUCAAUGUUGUAUGCAGGGGCACUUUUCAGUCUAUCUGAGAGUGGUUGCUACUAGCAUGGUUAAAAACUCAUUCACAUGUUGCACAAUACCACUUACUUCCCUAUAAGCGCAGCAUGCACCUGAAGGCCGAGAAAAUGGCAAGCAUGAAAAGAGAAGUGCAACCAAAAUAAAAUAGUCUUAAGAAUCUUUUCACUUUGAUAGACAAUCGCAUGCUCAUAUAUGAGUCCAUUUCUAUUGGCGAGAAGAUGAUUGAAAACACAGGCUUUCAUUGCCUUUCAAUUAUAUUGCUUAUUGUAGUUAUAGUUACAUAACUACGUGACAGACUUUUCUCUGCAAACGUAACAAUGAAGUAAAUGGUGCCUUUAUUAGGAGCUAUUUCCAGCCACAGAAGCAUUUGGAGUGCUAACAAGUUUUUACCACAUGGCCACCUUUUCAUUACUUUUUCAUUACAAAACCGAUGAUAAUUAUGCACAUUUAUUAACUAAUACUCUGAACAACAAUAAACAACAACAGACAGUGAAUAAAUGCAAAUAAACUAGUGAACUGUGAUUGUCACUGGAAGCAGUUGGCAGAGAGGUGUUGAAUUUAGAAUUACUUUGAAAUCGGAAAGCCAAAUUGGAGAACAUUACUCCUUUGUGUUAUGGGAACAUCCUCGUAUGUGGACAUUAAAAUAUUCUUAAAACACUCUUUGAGCAUUUGAUCAAAACCUUUUCUUUAAAAAGUAAUUAUUGUAACGUGCAAGUUUAUUAUCCAGUGUUGUGGGAACAUUUCCUGCCAGCUGGGUUCUUACCAACAACUCUGUUAAUGUAAAAGUGACAGUUUAGAAAGAGGUUGUGCCAUUACAGAUCUGUCGAAUAGGAAAGUUAACAUUGGUUCUGACCACUGCUCCAUAACAAGUUCUUUAAAAAGACAAAACACCAACAGAAUACAAGCCAAUGUGGCUCACAGCUUCCUGCAUUUCAAAUUUAAGAAUAGCUGACAGCAAACAAAUUACAUAUUGCCAGCUGGAGUCGCACCAUAAGUUGUCAGAAUGAAAAUAUAUAUUUAAGAAAACAAAGCACGGAAAUGUGAUUUUUUUUUUUACAAAGACUGCUUAAACGAAAGAUAACAACAGUGAUGACAAAAGUGCAGUAACCCAAUGAAUGGGAGCGCUUCACAUGG